AUAAUUAUUAAUCACAUUCUUUGUAUUAACUUAAUAUAUUGUAUUCUCUUUUAAUUUUGUUUCGGAACAGUGUGUGUUUUCGUGAACAUUGUGAAAAGGAGAAAUACAAAAGAACAUUUUGAUUCUUCGAAAGGCUGCAUGCGCCGUAGAGCGUUGGGAUCUAUCGAGAGAGAGAGAAGAGAGAACAGUUGGAGGUCGGAACUUAAGAAGAACGGCCGUUCGAUAGCACGAAAGCAUGUCGGCAUUUGAACAGAUACUCUUCGCUGCGGCGAGCAUAGCUAUUGGAGGUUUUCUUCUGACAGGAGGACGAUGGCGUUUCAUUUAUGUGCUUUAUAAAACAGCUCCUAGAGAUAUUUUAGGUGCUAUUAGAUUUAUACGAGUGAACAUACUCUUGUGGUGGUGGGAAACUCGAGGUUUUACAGUAGCAAGGGUAUUUUCAAGAUUGACUGAACGUCAUCCUGAAAAAAUAGCAUAUAUUUUUGAGGAUAAAGAAUGGACCUAUCGGCAGCUCGAAGAAUUCAGCAACAGAAUAGGACGUUAUUUUCGCACGCGAUCACUUUCACGGGGGGAUAGCGUAGCCUUAGUUAUGGAAGGUCGUCCAGAAUACAUUGGAACUUGGUUGGGUCUUAGCAAGGUCGGUUUCGUCGGUGCUCUUAUCAAUACCAAUCUUCGACAAGAAGUUUUAAUCCAUAGUAUUAAAACAGCAAACUGCAAGGCUCUCAUCUUUGGUUCUGAACUCAAAGACGCGGUACGUGAUAUAAAGGACAAAUUACCAGAGUUGACAUUGUUUCAAUGGUCAGAACACGAAGAUGUAUCUAUAUUAGAGGGAGCAAUAGAUUUAAACAAAGAAAUCCUCAGUUUAGAUCCAGAACCUCCUCUCAAAGAAAUGGCUUUAGGUACUCCUCGUGACAAGUUGAUAUAUAUUUAUACGUCUGGUACAACUGGAAUGCCAAAGGCAGCUGUUAUAAAUAAUCUCAGGUAUAUGUUAAUGGCUUAUGGCGUUUAUUCCAUGCUGGCUCUACGUUCAGAUGAUCGAAUUUACAAUUCUUUACCUCUCUAUCAUACUGCUGGAGGUAUUAUUGGAGCUGGACAACCAUUGCUUACAGGAAUAACUGUUGUUCUUCGUAGACGUUUCAGUGCCUCGAAAUUUUGGUCCGAUUGCGUUCAUUAUGAAUGUACCAUUGCUCAGUACAUCGGAGAAAUUUGCCGAUAUCUUUUAACUGUUCCCCCAAGUUCUUAUGACACAACCCAUAAAGUAAGACUCAUGUAUGGGAAUGGUCUAAGGCCACAAAUUUGGAAGCCUUUCGUUGAGAGAUUUGGCGUUAAACAAAUCGGUGAAUUUUAUGGUGCUACGGAAGGAAACUCUAAUCUCGUGAACAUCGAUAAUAGAGUCGGUGCAGUUGGAUUUGUACCAAGGUUUGCUGGUAAUCUCUACCCAGUUACCUUGUUGAGAGUCAAUGAAGAAACUGGAGAACCGAUUAGAGGACCUGAAGGGUUUUGUGUACCUUGUAAGCCUGGUGAGCCUGGUGUCUUCGUUGGAAAAAUAAAUCCGCGCAAGGCUGUGAACGAUUUCAGUGGUUAUGCUGAUAAGAAGGCAUCAGAACAGAAGAUCAUACGUGAUGUCUUCAAAAAGGGUGAUCGUGUCUUCAAUACCGGUGACAUUUUGGUCAUGGAUGAAUUGGGAUACUUCUACUUCAAAGAUAGAACUGGUGACACGUUCAGGUGGCGUGGAGAAAACGUAGCCACUUCUGAAGUCGAAGCAGUGGUUAGUAACGUUAUAGGUCUCAAGGAUACAGUCGUUUAUGGCGUCGAAGUACCUGGAAAUGAAGGUAAGGCUGGCAUGGCUGCUAUUUAUGAUCCAGAAGGAUCUUUAAAUUUAAAAGAAUUAGCUGACGGUGUGAAAAAAGUUCUUCCUACCUACGCUCGACCACUUUUCGUUCGUGUCCUCUCGAAACUACCUAUGACUGGUACCUAUAAGUUGAAGAAGAAGGAUCUUCAAUCCGAAGGUUUUGAUAUUACAAAGUUUGUAGAUCCAAUUUAUUUCCUUGAUCGGACGGGCACGUACGUGAAACUGACAGAUGAUUUAUACAAGAACAUUAUUGAAGAAACAGUUCAGAUAUAGGAGUUCUUUUCUUUUUUUUUUUGUUGGAUUAAAUUAUGAACAUAUUUUUAUAUCGAAACGUUGUCAAGAAAUUUGAAGAUAAGUGUGAUUGCAAAAGAUUAUUUAGAUACUCGUCGAGAUUAACGCGCUCAAGAAAUUAAUCGCACAAUAAAUCACAUUGUUAAACUUAUUAUUAAUAUACAAAAAAAAAACAACCAGUGAUGAGACGAACGUGCCAAAAAUAAGAAGGAAAAUUUUGUUAAAAAGUGUUGGUAUAUUUUGUAUAAACUAUCUAAGAUAUUCUUUAUUAAAUUGAUAAAUUAGUAUAUGUUUAUAAGAUAUUUAAUAUUGUUACGUCCUGAGUGCGUUUUCUUUUUUUUUUUUACUGCCCACGUUCCUUGUUGAAGGCUGAACACGUGUAAUAUAAGAUAUAACAUGAGCUCUGUUUAUGACUCAUUUAACAAAUUUAGAUGUUAAUAAUUUAAAUAUUUAACAUCUUGUGCCCGUUUUUUUAUAAAUAUUGUUGAAUUUUGCCAAGACUACGUGUAUUCUUAUUAUUUUAAAAGAUAACAAAUUUUCUUAAAGAUUACACUUCGUUAAAAUAUUGAAAUGUAUUAUUUCGUAAUACAACCAACUUGUUGCAAGAUCUUAAACCAAUUAGCUUUGUUAGGGAUUAAUAUUUAUAUUAAUAUCUGUGUGAAAAAAGAUUGGCUAUACCAAAGAGUAAAUGCAGCAGAAAGUAUAGAUUGAUAAAGUUAGAAGAAAAGGCUCAUGGGGGUCAAAAAGCGUCAAUUCUUAAUCUUAAUUCUAUCCUGUAAAUUCAUUCUUUGAUUAAUUAUUAAGUCCGUAUUCUGUAAUAAUUAAUAAAUUUGUUUAUUAAAUUUUGAAG